AAUACCUCUGUCUUCUUCACAUGUUCUGAGUAGUAAUAUGGAGAUCUUGACGAUGCCUUAUCUUCUCCCUCUUCUUCUUCUUCCUCUCUCGCUCUGUCUCAUCUUCUUCAUUCGCAAAAGGGGUUCGGCCCAUCCGACAAACCUGCCUCCCGGCUCCGAGGGUUGGCCGAUUCUGGGAGAAAACAUGGAGCUCACCAUGUUAGGCAGUCAGCAACUGGUGAGAAACAGGAUGCAGAAAUACUCUCGCGAUGUAUUCAAAACCUCGUUGUUGGGGGAGAAAGUGGCCGUGCUAUGCGGCGCACAAGGCAACAAAUUCGUCUACACGAACCAGAACAAACUCUUCAAUCGAUGGCCCCCUCUAUCACUGAGAAGGGCGUUGUAUCAAGAUCUCGAUGUGAAGAGCCAUCAAGAACCUAAGGCCACUUUCCAAAACUUCCAAUACGACAUUCUCAACCCGGAUAGCUUGAAGAGGUACGUGCCCGUGAUGGACUCGUUAGCUCGUGAGCAGCUCGAGCAAAGCUGGAACCCUGCUUCUGUGGUGAAGGUUCUUCCGUUGACAAAGACAUACGCCUUUGAGCUGGCGUGCAGAGUGUUCAUGAACGUGGCGGAUUCGGAGCGCCUGGGCAGGUUGUUGGAGCCCCUUUCUCUUCUGGCGAAAGGGAUCUUGUCCUUGCCUAUAAACCUGCCGGGGACGGCCCUGAACCGCGCUAUCAGAGGGUGCAAAGUGGUGCGGGGUGAGUUGAAGAGGGUGGUCGAGGAGAGGAGGAAGGAGAUGAUGAUGAUGAAGGGGAGCCGUGGAGAGGACUUGCUGUCGAAGAUGGUGGUGGCGACUAAUGAAGAUGGGGAAUAUAUGAGUGAUAAUAUGGUUGUUAAUGUGAUUCUUGGUUUGCUUGUUGGCGCCGAGUACGAGCUCUCCUCAACAAUCACUAUUGUCAUAUAUUAUCUUGCCGAGCUUCCUCACAUAUACGAUGAGGUUUUGAAAGAGCAAAUGGAGAUUGCAAAAUCGAAAGGCCCAGACGAGGUUCUGACAUGGAAGGAUGUGGAGAAGAUGAAGUACACGUGGAACGUCGUGUGCGAAUGCUUGAGACUAACACCCCCUUCAAUAGGAGCAUUCAAUGAGAGCACUGCUGAGUUCACGUAUGCAGGUUUCACCAUCCCUAAAGGAUGGAAGGUACUGUGGACCCCUCAUUCAUCCCACAUGAAUGCCGACUACUUUCCGGAGCCGGAGAAGUUUGAUCCUUCGCGGUUUGAGGGGAGCGGACCUGCGCCUUACACGUACGUUCCCUUUGGAGGAGGAGCAAGAAUGUGUCCAGGUAGGUUCUAUGUUAAGUUUGUGAUAAUGGUAUUCACCCACAAUUUGGUGACAAGGUUCAGACUUGAAAAGUUCAUUCCAAAUGAGAAGAUGUUGUAUCAUUCUUCGCCUGCACCCGCUCAUGGCCUUCCUCUUCGCCUCCAUCCUCAUCAAAAAUAAAUCAAUCUCGUCUUUGAGUAUUCUGCCUGGUUUGUGUUGUUUAUUUGACAAUGUGUGGAAAUUUCAAGCUUAAUUAAAAUGUAAGAAUAAGCGACCAAGUAGAAAUUGUUCUUUGGUAUUCUCUA